CGGCUUCAUUCAUCAGUCCUUUCAUUCAUCAGUUCUUUCUUCUUUUGAUUGCUUUAUCAACCCUCAUCAGUAUUCAUUCUCUCGGCUGUUCCCUCCUCAAUUCCUCCUCCUAACUCUCCGAGUCUGUAUCUCCCCGAGUAGCGCACUCGAGCUGAUCGCAUCCCCACCCAUUCCGAUCUGAAACCGACUGGUCAACGGUGACCUCAUGGCUGCUAUCUGGGGUAAUGGAGCUCAAGGGGGGCAGUUUCCUCUGGAGCAGUGGUUCUAUGAGAUGCCUCCAGUGACUCGAUGGUGGACAGCGGCCACGGUGGCCACCGCAGUCAUGGUCCAGUGCCACAUCUUGACCCCGUUCCAGCUUUUCUAUAGUUUCCGCGCGGUCUAUGUCAAGUCUCAGUACUGGCGCCUAUUCACAUCCUUCCUCUACUUCGGACCGCUAAGCCUCGACCUCCUCUUCCACGUCUUCUUUCUUCAACGAUACUCGCGCCUCCUCGAGGAGUCGUCGGGCCGGUCCCCAGCGCACUUCUCCUGGCUGCUCUUCUACGCCAUGGUCUUCCUCCUAUGCAUCUCGCCGAUUCUGUCCAUGCCCUUCAUGGGCACCGGGCUGUCCUCCAGCCUCGUCUACAUCUGGAGUCGCCGCAACCCCGACACCCGCCUCAGCUUCUUGGGCUUGCUGGUGUUCACGGCGCCCUACCUCCCUUGGGUGUUGAUGGGCUUCAGCCUGGUCGUGCACGGCAUCGUGCCCAAGGAUGAGUUCUGCGGUGUGGUCGUCGGCCAUAUUUGGUACUACUUCAAUGACAUUUAUCCUGACCUGCAUGGCGGCCGCCGCCCGCUGGAUCCGCCUAUGUGGUGGUUGCGUCUGUUUGAUCGCGCGGCGAGCGGCUCGGGGACUACCGAUGUCAAUAGGGAAUUUGCCACUGCCGCUGCGAGGGAAGUCCGGUGAGGGGACUAGGGCACUCGUGCCCUAAAGAACUAGGGCAGAUCACGGCCUCUAGAUGUUUACGAGAUUCUUAGAUUGCACCCGAUUCCAAGGAAGACGCGCGCAGGACGGCGUAUCGCCUGGAUAAAUGCCGGGGAUGGGACGGAUCACAUGACCGCUCAUUGCCAUACCCUAACUGUCAUACCCUCACGAUGUCAGCACCACUGUAUGACCAACUGGAGAAGCACAUCAGCUUGCUUUUCGUGCCGUCGGCAUUCUCGAUCAUGAUCGAAUGACCACCACCUCUCAACGAGACGAGGAUGGGUUAUGUAAAAUGCGAGACAUCGGACUACGCGCGGGGUUCACAAGGCCAACGCAUAGAUCAAGCGGCUAGAAGCAUGUGUGCGGAGGAGUCUGACGAACGUGGGGUAAAAUGGGGCAACGGGGCAACAGGGCAACAGACAUGCGUUGACGAAGAGCCAAUAAUGUAAGUAAUACACACAUACAUACAUACACAAACAAUCCUCAAUAGACAGGGCAACGCCCACUGCAAGAACAAGUGUCCAAAAGCACAAGGCGUUGACGUAAGGCAUAAAUGGAAGGAAGAUUGACACGAGGCUGCGCCCGUGUCC